AUGGUAACUAAUAUGGAACAACUUAAAGGUCAAUUAGAGGCGACUGGUAAUGAGUAUGAGAAAGAUUAUAAUGACCCUAAUAAAGGUAAAAGUCAAGAGGAGUUAAAACGUCGUGCCCAAGAAAUUGAAAACCAUCGUCAGCAAGUCAAGCGUGAAAUCGAAAGUGCCCUUAAUCAAAGUCCCCCAAUAACAAAAAAAGAAAUUGAUGCUAUUAAGUCUCGAGUGUUGAGCGAUAUCACGGCUAAAAGAAAUGCUAAAAAUAAUGAACAACCUAAGGACAACGAUAAAUUAGCAAUUUUCAAAAGAGAUGCCAUUGGUGAAAUUGAUACCAAAAAAAAUGCUGCUGGUCUGCUUAAUGAAAGUGAUUUAGAUACCGUUAACCAUGCCGAUAUUCGCAACCGCGAAAGCAAAAAAAACCCACAAAAAGACCAGGGAGAAGUUAAUUUAACUAAUACUGAAACAACUGCUCAAAUAGAAGAGAGGUUAAUGAAAGAGAAACCAGAGUUAUAUCGUGACACUAUUGUUGGUGCUCUGAUAGAAAGAAUGAGUGAUUAUAGGAUUAGUCCAAGUCAAUUAGAUGAAGAAACCAGAAAAUUAAUUCGGGGUGAAAUUACCGAUGUUAAUAAAAUUAAAGAAAUUAAAGAUAAAGCCAUCAAAGAAAUUGGCUCAGCAGAUAAAGCCAAAAACAAAAUUACUGAGCAAAUAAAAAAAGACCUAAAAGAAGUUCAAAGUCAGUUAAAAAAUUUCAAAUCCGGAACUAAUUCUUAUCUAGCCUCAACCUUUAAAAAAAACAAGGAUGAAGGGGAAAAGUUAGAAAAACAACUAAAUAGUUGUUUAAACAACCAAGAAAUUGUUGAUUUUCCCACAACUGCCUCGGCUCAAUUUUUAGUUGAUUUUUGUCCUAGUCAGAAUGCUUUUGUAAUUAAAUUAUUAGCGGCAGAGAAAAAAAUAUUGUUAGGAAAAACUGUGUUAGAUGAGUUUGCCUGUGGCGGUACUGGUCUUUAUGCUGCCACUGGCUCAAUUUUUAACCCUUAUAAUCUUGCUUGUCAUGAUACCGGCGAUUCAAUUCGUCGUCCAGCCUCCUAUUGUGGAAUAGUAGGGUUUAAACCUUCUUAUGGGUUAAUUUCUCGAGCCGGAGUCAUUCCGAUGGCUUCUUCUUUAGACACGGUUGGAAUUGUGGCUCAAAAAACCUCUGAGGUUAAAGCGGUAUUCAAAAUUAUUUCCCACCAGGAUCCUCAUGACCUUUUAACUGAAACAAACCGAAGUAGAAAAUUAGUUCCCCCAAAAAAUAAAAUAGCAGUGGUGACCGGAAUAGAAAACUAUUUACCAACUGAAUUAAGUAAUUUGUAUCAUCAUACUAUUAAAAGGUUAGAAAGGCUAGGAUAUGUGGUUGAAAAAAUAACUAUCCCCAAAAAAAUACGGGAACAUCUUCAAAUUACUUAUCUCAUUCUUUGUUCGAGUGAAUUAGUUAGUCAUCUUAAUUCGCUCCAAGGAGUAACUUAUGGAGUUAAAGAUAAAAUUAGUAUUACUCAAAAAAGAAGUAAAUAUUUAGGAGAAAUUGUGAAACAACGUUUAUUAAUUGGAGCCUAUUUUUUAGAAAAACAAGAAUUAUUUAUCAAAGCCCAAAAAAUGCGCUAUUUAGUAGAUAAAUGA